AUCAUAUACUUGAAGUUAAAAGAAAAUAAAAAACAAGAAUUAAGAUGAAGGGAGUUGCAGUAGUAACUUUGUUAAUGGUGCUAGCUGUGGUGAAGUUAGGGGAAGCCAUUAAUUGUGGCCAAGUUGAUGCAACAUUAGUGCCUUGUGUACCUUACUUAACACAAGGUGGAGAUCCAACAGGGCCAUGUUGUGAUGGUGUGAAAAGAGUAAUAGCAAUGACUCCAACCCAACAAGAUAGGCAAGAUGCUUGUGAAUGUGUUAAGACUGCUGCUGCUCGUUAUACUAAUCUUAAACCAGAUGCUGCAACCAACCUACCAUCACGCUGUGGUGUUACAACCAAUAUUCCCAUCUCUGCUACUACUAACUGCAAAAGCAUUCCUUGAGAUCAUGCAUGGAUCUAAUUAUGCAACAGAAAUAGUAUGAGAGGAAGCUGUUAUCAAUGCAAUUUAAGUUGAAAAUAAUGAGUGCAAUAGUUGUACUCAAAGUUAAUUUCUCUCCUAUUUGUGUAUGCAUGUAUUAAUAUUACAAAAGUAAAUAUGAUCUAUGCUCGUUGUUAUCUCUUA